GUCUAUGCUCUCGUAUUCACAGAGAUGGCUCUGGUUUACGCAUCACCGUCUCAGGGUCCAUUCCGAACUGCGUCUAACAAUCAUCAGUUCUAUGAUAUACAGGCUCAUCGCGGAGGGAGAGGAAAUGCUGUUGAGAGCACUCUACCGAGCUUCGCAUGGGGUCUCAUCGACGGCGCCACUACACUCGAACUAGACAAUGGCAUCACUCAAGCAAGCUUUCACUUGUCAGUCGUUGUAUGGCAUGACGAGAGUAUAUUGCCAGAAAAGUGCUCUGACACUGCACCAGUGGUCCCAGAUGAUCCCGCAUAUCCUUAUGUCGGAAAGUUUAUCUCAAAUCUGACGUUGGCUCAGAUAAAGACUCUCGAUUGUGGGUCAAAGCGCCAAACCAAUUAUCCCCACCAGCUUAUAUAUCCUGGAGCGCGGAUAUCCACAUUACGGGAAGUUUUCGAUUUUGUGUCCUGCGCAGAUCAGUCCCAUCAGAUCCUUUGGAAUAUCGAGUCAAAAAUCAACGCUCGAUACCCAAAUCAAACUGCUAGCGUGGAUGAUUUUGUCCAGAAGCAACAUGAGAUAUUCAUAUCUAGCCCAUACUACCAAUCUAUUACUUAUCAAAGUUUUGACUGGCGAACUCUAGUAGCCAUGAAGACUUUGGAUGAUAAACUUGUAACCUCUGCUCUUAUCGACGAGGACACUGCUUUUACGUCGCAUGGCUCGACUUCCCCUUGGCUGGCCGGCCUGCGCCUUGAAUCAUUUCCCGGACCAUCCCUGCCCGAGCAAAUAGCACAAGCCGCCCACGCUAUACAAGCGGAUAUUUUAUCUCCUACUGGAACAUUCCUCAUGCCCUCUUCAUCCCGUGAGGGAUCCUCUCACUUCACAACUCCUGAAAUGAUUAGCGAAGCUCACAGGCUCGGCAUGAAAGUUGUACCUUGGACUGUGAAUGGCUUGGACCGCGUUGAGGAGCUCUUCAAGGAUGGUUCAGAUGGAAUUAUCACGGACUACCCAAAUGUUGUCAGGCGGUGGGCCAAACAACGAGGACUUCGAGUGGCGCCUAAAUAUCCCAGACAACGUGUCUUCUCCUGCUUAUACCAGCACAUGCAUUAGUCUUUUUGGUGUGAUGCACUAUAAGAUAGAUUAUCAUUUCUCCAUUGGUGUAGAUAGACUCAGAGAUUUUGUAUUUUCGGCAUAU